CGGCGCUUCCUCCCCGCUCUUUGGCCGUCUAAGCGUGUCUUUCCUUGUAAGGAGAAUUGCGGCAGCCAAGUCGUAUAAAAGGAUGAGUAGCUCGGGGAAGGCUCAAAAAAACGCGCCUAAAAACAAAGGCAAGCAAGCAAGCGUAGCUAAUCGCACCACUACCGUACCUCAGUCUAGGAAGUUCAGUGCUGCUGGCCAGCCUGCUGGAUCGACUUCAUCAAACAUGCUCGGAGAAAACCGAUACACCCCCAACCCGACUAACCCGGACCCCUUCGCCCCUUCCCUUCCCCCCUUUCCCGACUCCAAGAACCACAUGGACAACGACGAACGCUCAAGUGUAAGCGACAGCGACGACACUGCACUCGCAGGAGACAAGCCCCUUCCCGCGCCGGGCAAGAAGACCCGAGGCCGCGUGAAGAUACAGAUGGAGUACAUCCAGAACAAGCUACGACGCUACACCACCUUUUCUAAGAGAAAGUCAGGAAUGAUGAAAAAGGCAUACGAACUGAGCACCCUAACUGGGACACAGGUGAUGCUGCUGGUGGCCUCCGAGACUGGCCACGUCUACACCUUCGCCACCCCCAAACUCCAGCCCAUGAUUACCAGCGAGGCGGGCAAGGCCCUCAUCCAGACGUGUCUCCACCAACCGGACCCGGCUCCCAUGAACCAGGGACCACACCAGGGAGACUUCAACGUCCGCAUGUCCUCCACCGGCUACGAGGAGACGGACCUGGGCUACAGCGGUCUCGGCGAGGAGGACUCUUUCAAGAACGGCAUGGACAUGCACAUCUCCAAUGCAGCAGCCAUGCCCACCAUCAUGAACCCGGGCCCCAUCGUGACCAUCCCCCAUGGGAUCAUGCAGAUGCCGUUUCCGGUCUCUCUGUCAGAGUCCGUGAUGACCACCCAGCCCAUGAUGCACUCGAUCCAGACCCUCACGUCCACCCCGCAGACCAUGAGCCCCCACACCUCCCCUCCUCCCAGCUACUCCCCACCGCAUCAGCCGUCCAGCCCACCGCGGACCUACACCCCCGUCUCGUACCCAGGGAGCCCGCCCACCCAGGGCCCCACCUACUCCCAGGCGUCGGUCCCCACCCACGUCUCGCACGCUGUGAUGGGCAUGGAGGAGCUAGGGUCGCCAGGUCACCUCCACCACGCCAUGGACCCUUACGAGAGGAGCCCCAGCAGAUCCCCUAUCCACAGUAGAUACAGCCCACACGUGCAACACUCGCCCAGGACUGUGUACACUAUCUCAAAUGGCAGCCCACCUAUGCGACUCUAAGAACUCUGUCACUCCCUGCUGUCAUUUUUUUCCGUCAUCCCCCCGCUCUUACAUGUGUCUGUUUCUCUUGUUCCACCUCUCUCGCCUCAUAGCCUGUCUCUGUUCUAUGGACUCUCCCUCUAACCGUCUCCAUUUGUAUCCUCGAGCUGGUCUCCAUACGUCAUAUGUUCUGUGCCAGGAAGCUGGGCUUCCGACUGUUUUGUGCUUUGUACCUCUGCCUUUCACACUGUUUAUCUUUGUAAGCACUUGUGUAACACUAAACACGGUUGCGCUGGCGCAACUUUCAACGGGAAGGCAGGUACUUCCCCCCCCCCCCCCCUUCUUCUCUCCUAUUAUCCUUAGCACGCUCCCUUUUGAAAAUUGAAACUGGAGAAAAUUUUUUUUCUAAAUAAUUAUAUAUAUAACCACCUUGACAUCUCUGCAGGC